AUGUGGAGCACGGGCAGGGGUCCUAACCAGAAAUGGGCCCAUCGAAUGAUUCUGAUUGCGCUGUGCUACCUGAUCCAAUUAGCUGCACCGACCAACGAAAUAUGGCCAGUAGAACGUCCCGAUGGUAUGCCCUCGAUAACAGCACUGGAGGUGAUGUGCGGCAAGGAUCACAUGGACGUUCAUCUAUCGUUUUCGGCACCCUUCGAAGGGAUCGUCAGUUCGAAAGGCCAACAUAGCGAUCCCAGAUGCAUUUAUGUGCCCCCGUCGACGGGGAAGACGUUCUUUACCUUCCGCAUUUCUUACUCGCGCUGCGGCACCAAACCGGACCUAAACGGUCAGUUCUACGAAAACACAGUCGUCGUGCAGUACGAUAAGGAUCUGCUGGAGGUGUGGGACGAGGCGAAACGGUUGCGUUGCGAGUGGUUCAACGAUUACGAGAAGACCGCAUCCAAGCCGCCGAUGGUAAUUGCUGAUCUGGAUGUGAUUCAGCUCGACUUCCGAGGUGACAAUGUGGACUGUUGGAUGGAGAUACAGCAGGGUAAAGGACCGUGGGCACCGGCAGUGAGUGGUAUCGUACCGCUGGGGUCGACCAUGACGCUGGUGGUAGCGAUAAACGAUUUCCGCGGUGAGUUUGACAUGCGCGUCAAGUCCUGCGUCGCAUCGGACGGCGCCGGGCACGUGAUAAAGCUGUCGGACGAGUACGGUUGCGUGCUGCGGCCGAAGAUGAUCUCGCGCUUUUUGAAGGCCCGCGCCCCGGACGAUAAAGCGUCGGUCAUUACGUACGCGUUCUUCCAUGCCUUCAAGUUCCCGGACGCACUCAGCGUACACAUCAAGUGUAAGGUGGAAAUUUGCCGACACGGUUGUCUGGAUCAUUGCCAGCACAGUGGUGCGCCGGUUGGUGUUGGCACACCGAGCGUGCCCGGUGGUCCGAAACAGCACGAUCUCCUUGAGCGGAAGGAUACGCUGGUGAAUCAGAACAGCAACGACAUACUGGCCGGUGAUUCGGCGGAGGAUCUGGACUCGGGCAUGAACGGGCAGGAUGUGUACUAUGACGACAUUAUUCACACGGAGAAACAUCUCAACCAGUACAAGAAACCCAUGCCGAAUCAGCCACUGAAGAAGAAGGACAGCUACCUCCAGUAUCACCAUCACAGCCGUGAACCGAUGGACGAUAUCGAAUCCCUGUUCCUGAGUGACCAUUCAGCACUGUCCGCCGAUGUGAUGAAGAAGCAAUCGCAGGGUCCACCGGGACCACCGGUUGGUAUGCCGGGCAUGCCGGGUAUGGGCAUGGGUCCGGGCAAGUAUCCGCCCCAACCGUUGCAGCAGAUGGGCCAGAAGCCGAUGCCCGGUCCCGGUACGCCGAUGGAUGACGAUAAGUUCCCGCACGGACCGCGCCAGAUGGAUGCGGAGAAGCGGAUGGGUUUGCCGGCCGUGGCCGGUCCGCGUGCCCUCAACCUGGACGCGGAGGACGUCCAGAACCAGAGUUACAAUCAGGCGGGCGGGCGAGUGCGUCAACGGCGCUCGGUGCGCGUCACCGACCGGAAGGCCCGUUCCGCAGACAUUGGCGUGAGUGGCAUCUACGAGGUCAUCUCCGAGGCGGAUCUAGCGUUCAAUCCGGACAGCAAACAGGAGGCGGUAACCGUAUUCCAGGGCAAAAUUACCGAAGAGGUGGUGUACGGCAUCUGUAUGCCGGUGCCCGGUUUUAGCAUCCUUUUCAUUCUGGUCAUAUCGGCGACCAUCAUUUCCGCCCUGAUCGCCGGUUCGCUGCUGUACAGAUAUCAGCUGCAGAAGGAAAUGAUUGCGAACCGAACGCAGAGCCACAGCGCGCCAAUGAACUCGAUCGCCACGUGGAUGACGUUACGUCUCUUCCGGUCCCGGCACAAUGGGUCGGUCGUCGGUGGUGGUGGUGGUGCGGCAGUACGUCCGAUGGACCUGAACGCCAGCAACCAGUAG